GCAUAUAAAUACGUGUGGGUCGCGCCAUCCUGUAGAGUACGGCUGCGGCGGAGAAAGAGGCUUACGCUGUUGGGGAGUGACGUACAAGGCCUAAGACUUCAACAUGCAGAUCUUUGUGAAGACCCUUACUGGCAAGACCAUCACCCUUGAGGUUGAGCCCAGUGACACCAUUGAGAAUGUGAAGGCAAAAAUCCAGGACAAAGAAGGUAUUCCUCCUGACCAGCAGAGGCUGAUCUUCGCUGGCAAGCAGCUGGAAGAUGGACGCACCCUGUCUGACUACAACAUCCAGAAGGAAUCCACCCUCCAUCUUGUGCUGCGUCUGAGAGGUGGCAUGCAGAUCUUUGUCAAGACCCUUACGGGCAAGACCAUCACCCUGGAAGUUGAGCCCAGUGACACCAUUGAGAACGUGAAGGCCAAGAUCCAGGACAAGGAAGGCAUUCCCCCUGACCAGCAGAGGCUGAUCUUCGCUGGCAAGCAGCUGGAAGAUGGGCGCACCCUGUCUGACUACAACAUCCAGAAGGAAUCCACCCUCCAUCUUGUGCUGCGUCUGAGAGGUGGCAUGCAGAUCUUUGUCAAGACCCUUACUGGCAAGACCAUCACCCUUGAGGUUGAGCCCAGUGACACCAUUGAGAACGUGAAGGCCAAGAUCCAGGACAAGGAAGGCAUUCCCCCUGACCAGCAGAGGCUGAUCUUCGCUGGCAAGCAGCUGGAAGAUGGACGCACCCUGUCUGACUACAACAUCCAGAAGGAAUCCACCCUCCAUCUUGUGCUGCGUCUCCGAGGUGGCAUGCAGAUCUUUGUGAAGACCCUGACUGGCAAGACCAUCACCCUUGAGGUUGAGCCCAGUGACACCAUUGAGAAUGUGAAGGCAAAAAUCCAGGACAAAGAAGGCAUUCCUCCUGACCAGCAGAGGCUGAUCUUCGCUGGCAAGCAGCUGGAAGAUGGACGCACCCUGUCUGACUACAACAUCCAGAAGGAAUCCACUCUCCAUCUUGUGCUGCGUUUGAGAGGUGGCAUGCAGAUCUUUGUCAAGACCCUGACUGGCAAGACCAUCACCCUUGAGGUUGAGCCCAGUGACACCAUUGAGAAUGUGAAGGCAAAAAUCCAGGACAAAGAAGGCAUUCCCCCUGACCAGCAGAGGCUGAUCUUUGCUGGCAAGCAGCUGGAAGAUGGGCGCACCCUGUCUGACUACAACAUCCAGAAGGAAUCCACCCUCCAUCUUGUGCUGCGCCUGAGGGGUGGCUGUUAAGUUAUUUUGCACCUUGCUUAACAGUGGGAUUGCCAAUAGCACACGUGUUUGCCCUGUAGUUCUGUAAUGUCUUAAGUUAAAUGCAGGGUUAAAGCAAGCUAAAAUAUCUGCUGAACAACUGAAAUGCUAAUAAAGUUUUCUGUUGCACAUUACAA